GUCACCAUUUCCUUUACGACAAAGCACUACUUUGACGUUAUUUGAAUAAAAAUGGACACUUUGGAUAGUAUCGAAGCGGUUUUUGCUGUUGUAGACAAUAUAGAUGAUAAUAUAUUAGAGGAGAUAGAAGUUGCUGAACCUAGAAAUCCCAAAGUUUACUUUCGUGAUGUGGAUCCAUUUCAUGACUAUUCGGAAGAUUGUUUUAAAAAGAGAUUUCGUUUCACCAAAAGUGUUGUGAGACAUGUUAUUUUACCGAGAAUUGAAGACACUUUACAAUCAGAGACACAAAGAGGGCUUCCUUUAACUCCACUGUGUCAGUUGCUAACUGCUUUACGUUUUCAUGCCACUGGAAGCUUUCAGAUUGUAUGUGGAGAUAUCAUGCAUAUUUCUCAAUCGACAGUGUGUAAUAUAGUGAAGAGAGUUAGUAGAGCAUUGGCAUUGCUAAUGCCAGAUUUUAUCAAGUUUCCUGCAAAUUUGAGGAAAACAAAGGAUGAUUUCGAAAACCUUGGUUGCAUUGGCAGAGCACCUGGACUGAAAAAUAUUGUAGGAGCAAUCGAUUGCACCCACAUUAAAAUCACCAGGCCUAGAGGUAUUCUUCAUACAGAGCAGUACCGGAACAGAAAAGGAUAUUUUUCAUUGAAUGUGCAAGUAGUUGGUGGCCCUAAUUUGAUGAUAUAUGAUAUAGUAGUACGUUGGGCUGCCAGUACACAUGAUAGCCGAAUUUAUAGAAACUCGCGUUUAAAUAUAAGGUUAUGCAAUAAUGAAAUUGAUGGGGUGUUACUUGCUGAUGGAGGAUAUCCUUGCACUACCUAG